GCUUCAGAGCAAAUACACAGGGAAGCUAACAUCACUGUUUUACUACACUCAAAUGUAGGAAAACAAAGCAGAUAACUUGGCACACCAACAGAGUGCCCUUUGUUAUCUGCACUCAUCCAACCUGCCUACAGUCCUUGUGGGCUGUCUUCUGUGCACUCUUUUUGUAUCGGGCUUUGCCUCUUUUGGAGUACUCCCACAGAGGAUAUCAAGCAGAGUGGACCAAGAUGAGGACCUGUUUUCUGCUUCUGUUGGUUGCAUCAAUAGCCUUGGCAGAGUCUUUCCAUGGAAAACACCACAUACGUGACAAGCGGGAGCUUUUGCAGCGUGCCAAAAGAAGGUGGGUUUUGUCUACAAUUGAAAUAGAAGAGGAAGAUCCCGGGCCCUAUCCCAUUGAAAUUUCUAAGAUGUUUAAUGACCAGACGGCUAAUGAGGGGCAGUACUAUCAAAUCAGUGGAUCGGGUGUAACGGAGGAACCGCUGGAGACGUUCAAAAUCGACGCAAAAACUGGAAUUGUCUAUGCCCUUAAAUCUGUCGACAGAGAGUUUUUAAGUCUCUUUCACAUCAAAUUUGAUAUCUUCAGCAGUAUGACUGGCAAAACGAUAGACAAGCAACUAGCUUUUGAUGUACAAAUAAAGGACAUCAAUGACAACGCCCCAGUUUUUUCCCCCCCUACAAUGGAAGUCGACGUGCCAGAAAAUAUGCAAGAGGGAAAACCGCUAGUGAAUUUGAAAGCCGAUGACAUCGAUGACAGUGAAACAGAUAACUCAAAAUUCACCUUCAGCUUGGUCUCACAGAACCCAACUAUGCCUAAGAUUGAGUUGGAGCAGAGGGAGAGGGUGGCCGUACUCUCAUCUAAAGGAUGUUUCGAUUACAAUAAAGAAAAGAAGUAUGAUAUUAUUGUUCAAGCCAAAGACCACGGAACACCAUCCCUAACCUCCACUGCCCACGUUACUCUCAACAUUGUUGACACAAACAAUCAUCCACCGAUGUUCGAAAAGAAAGAGUACCAAGGUCAGGUGGAUGAAGCAAUCAUCAAGGAUGACAUUUUGAGAAUUGAUGUAGUUGAUAAAGACACUCCGAAUACUCCUGGCUGGCGUGCCAAAUACUCCAUCAUUUCAGGGAAUGAAGAUAGAAACUACAAAAUUGAUACCGAUCCCAUAACCAAUCAGGGCAUUUUAAGUGUUAUCAAGGGCAAGGAUUUCGAAAGGACACAUCUCGCUCAUCUGCGGGUUGAAGUACAGAAUGAGGAACCCUUAGUUCUUUGUAAAGACUAUAAAGUUGUUGACGCAAGCAAACAUCCAGCUCCAGAUACAGCCGACAUCACUAUCAAAGUGAUCGAUGUCAAUGACGCACCUGUGUAUGAGAGAGAAGUGGUUCACCUGUACAUGAAAGAAGAGGAAGAGCCAGGAAAGCAAAUUUUCACUCCAACGAUAACAGAUGCCGAAUCUGAUGCAGUCAGGCAUGUUGUGUUACAUGAUCCAGCUGCGUGGGUUGCCAUUGAUAAGACAACAGGAACACUCACAUCAACUCAAAAGAUGGACAGAGAGUCAUCUCAUGUUGAUGAAAAUGGCGUUUACAAAGUCCUCGUUGGUGCCAUAGAUGAUGGUGAGCCUCCAGCCACAGGUACAUGCACGAUCCUAAUCCACCUCAAGGAUGUUAAUGACAACAAACCUAGGCUGGUCAACAAUGGUGUCAUUUUGUGUGGAAACAAGGCUCAAAAGAUCAUAGUUGAAGCAACGGACAACGAUGACCCUCCUUUCAGUGGGCCCUUUGCUUUUUCCCUUGAGGAUGAUGACAAAACUGUAACGCAGCAAUGGAAACUAGACCCUUCUUUUGGUGAGCAAGCUGGGCUUAUUAGCCUGACACCCCUCCCAUAUCAUAACUACUCAAUCCAACUGUUGAUUCAAGACCAACAAAGCAUGGUUUCACGUGAAACUGUGGAAGUGAUGGUGUGUGACUGCGGAGAGGGCGUUGUUUGCAAAACCAGAGAUCCACUCAGUUCCAGCCUUGGGAAAGCAGGCAUUGGGCUACUCUUUCUAGGACUCUUAUUAUUUUUGUUGCUGAUCGCCGUUUUGGUGUGCAAUUGUAAUGCAACGAAUAUGGUCAUGGUGCCGGAAGAGGGCAACCAGACCCUCAUCAAGUACAACCAGGAAGGCGGGGGUUCUACUUGCCAGACGUCUGAUGUGGAUCAUGUAGUGCCCAAGAACACGAAAGUGUACAGUCCAGUGGUCGACAUGAUGAACCUGAACAUGACUUCAAUGGGCACGUGCAAUACAAGAGACACUUUCAUCAGCAAUGGAGGGCACACCAGGUACAAUACAUGGAAUACAAGCAGGACCAACACCUACAAGCCAAUGAGAGCUCACAACACUCCUCUCUCCGAACAGGGAGUCUCAUCAACACACAACCGCUCUUACAACCGCUCCUACAGCCUGUGGUCAAACGAUAACAUUGCAGGUCAAAUCGACAGGAGACUGUUCGUGAUUAAUGGAACCCAGGUGGACCACCCGGUGUACCCGCCUCACGAGUAUGCCUAUGAGGGACAGGGCAGCAAAUGCCCAUCACUGGAUAAGCUGUCACUAGGCAACCCGGGAGAAGAAUUGACUUUCCUGGAAGAUUUGGAGCCUAAGUUCAGGACCUUGGCAGGCAUCUGUGGACAGACAAUACAAGAAAAGAACAUAAAGCUUUAAAAAAAAAAAAAGAAACGGCACCGCUGGACUAAGAUUUUUUAUAUCAUUAAGCAUUUCAAAUCUGAUAUUGUUGCUAUAGACUGAUCUGAUUGGAUGUUUGGAGAAGGGGAGCACCACAAUGGUUGGAUUUUGUACUUGUUCAUUGUGGACUUGAAAACAGAUACAUUUAGAGCCAGAUGUUAUAUAUUGGCACCGAUCUGAGAAACAGGGAUUAUGUAGACAAGGCUAUUUUUUUUGUGCAUGCAGAUGGAAUGAAUGCAAUGCAAUGACUAUCAUGCUCUGAUGAUUUUCUAAGUUUACGUUUUUACAGUGACUGGGAGUGUUUGCUUGUUUUUUUUACUUUGUGUCUUUAGGAGAGAUGUGUUCUAAAAAAAUGUAUAUCUCUUGAGGUUAUGUCAGGGAAGUAAUGUUUUUUUAAUGUCUAAAUUGCAAAUAAAUCUUUGGAAACCAGAA